AUGGGAAUACAAGAUAAAAUUAACGAAAUUGAAGCUGAAAUGGCUAGAACACAAAAGAAUAAAAAGACUGAGUACCACAUUGGUACACUUAAAGCUAGACUUGCCAGGUAUAAACAUGAACUUGACAAUCCAAAAGCCAAUAAUGUAAAAUCAGACGGGUGGGAAGUUGCAAAAUCUGGUGAUGCGCGUAUAGCUCUUAUUGGAUUUCCCAGUGUAGGGAAAUCAACUCUUCUCUCAAAAAUAACAUCUACUGAAAGUAAAGCGGCAGAACAUGAAUUUACAACUCUUGAUUGUAUAGCGGGUAAAAUGGUGUAUAAUGGAUCGACAAUACAGAUUUUAGAUCUCCCUGGAAUUAUAAGUGGAGCUUCAUUAAAUUUAGGAAGGGGAAGGCAGGUAAUAAGUAUAAGUAGAACAGCAGAUUUAAUUCUUGUUGUACUUGAUCCAAGAAGAAAAAAUGAUAAAAGUGUUCUUAUUCGUGAGUUAUACAACAUGGGCAUACGGCUUAAUAAAAAAAGGCCAGAUGUCAGUAUUAAUUUAACUACUGGUGGUGGCAUAAAUAUAAACAAACAAUGUGAAUUAACACAAACAUCAGAAGAGUCUAUAACUGCGAUAUUAAAAGAAUAUAAAAUUAAUCAUUGUAAUGUUCUUAUUAAAGAAAAUGUGAGUACUGAUGAUAUUUUAGAUUUAGUUAGUAAAAAUGUUUUUUAUAUUAAAUGUCUAUUCUGUUAUAAUAAGGCGGAUGAGUUAUCUUAUGAAGAGUUUAUAAAUUUAAGUUUAGAAGAAGAUACAAUUCUUAUAAGCUGUAAAAAUAAUUGGAAUAUUGAUGAUCUUAAAGAGGAUAUUUGGAAAAGACUUGACAUGACGAGAAUCUACACAAAAAGGAAGGGAGAGUUUCCUGAUUUAGAUAAUCCUAUUGUAUUGAGAAAUAAUUGUACAGUAUUUGAUUUGUGUAAAGAAAUUCAUAAAGACUUUUAUUCUGAUUUUAAAUAUGCACUUGUAUGGGGGAGAAGUGCAAAACAUAGUCCUCAAAAAGUUGGAUUGAAUCAUGUAUUAGAAGAUGAAGAUGUUAUACAAAUAAAUCUUAAAUAA